CAUCCUGCUUCUGUUGGUUCCCGCCCACCAGCCUCCACCUCCUGAGCUAUGCUGAUCCUGUCCUGCUCUUCCAAGUUGCAACUGCUAGAGGGGAUUUUGAAGAAGAGUCUUCCCCUGACCCUUCCGGUCCAUGGAGCAGUAAUGCACAUAAACCGUGGGAACCCAGCCAGCCACGAGGUGCUUGUGGAUUCAUGGCCAAAGUUCAAAGCUGUCCUCACUCGGCCACACAGAGAGGUUGCCAAAGAUGACUCCGAUGUUUACACCAACACGUAUGCUGCAUUUUAUUACGAUCUUGAUGCAUAUCGGGCACUGUUGCAGGACUCAGAUGCUAUCAACUGGGCCAAAACCUUCUAUGUAUUUGGGCACAAGGAUGGGAUAUACGAGGCCUCCGAAGGCGCUGCCGCAAACAAGCAAGUGCAGAUCUCCCCAUCUUCCUAUUUCACGUACUUUCACCAUGACCCAAAUAAAAUACACACACGUCAGCUUGAUCCCAGCCUGAGGCUUUCCACUUUGAAUAACUCCCAUGUUGACCUGCUGAAUGAAACAUGGGCCUACGGGGGCAAUGAACACAGUCGCAAAUACGUGGCUUCUUUGGUGCGCUCCUUCCCCAGCAGGUGCAUCCUGGACAGCAAUGGACGCCUGAUCAGUUGGAGUAUCCUUGAUCCUUUUGGUGCAAUGGGACUUGGUUAUACCCUUCCAGAGUAUCGUGGUCGUGGCUACAUUACUAUAGUCAAUAAAGCACUGGCCAUGAAUGUCCAUGCAUCUGGCUACCCUGUAUAUGGACAUGUAGCCCUCGAUAAUGUGCGCAUGCAGAACUGUCUUGAACGCUGUGGCUACCAGAGAUUAUCCUCAUCAUGUCAUUUUAUUUACCAUACCCCUAAGCCUUCCACUGGAAGCAUAUAACCCUCCUCCAGUCUCAGCACCUCUUGUGAGACCUUUUGAGACAGUGAGCCAUCCAUAUAUUGCCAAUGAGACAGAAUGUCAAAGUAAGAUUACUGUGCCAACCAAUCUAUUCACACUUUCCCCCAGCCAGCG